UUGGCCCUCGUAGAGACGAGAGACCAAGAGACGACAGGCCUAAAGGAGGUUAUGCUGGAUCGAAAAGACGAUUAUGGCAAUAGAUAUAGAGGUGAUUAUGGCGAUCAUCCAGCUAGACCAUCUGUUUCGACAAUCACGGAGCCUACAUCUUGCCAAGUCUCAGUUAAUCUUUUCAAGUAUACAGGAAAGAGCCUGGUUCUCCAUCACUAUGCUGUUACCUUUACUCCAGAGAUACUGAAGAAAAAUAUCUUCUCUAAGUUCUUGCAAAUGGCUGAGUCUAACAACUUCAAGGAACCUUACGCCUUUGAUGGUGGCAAUCUUCUUGUUUCUACUAAGAAGUUUGCUGAUGUAACAUUCAGGAUACCUAUGAGGGAGGAAGAAUUACUGUGCAAGAUUGAGUACAAACAUACCUAUGAUACUGGUGAUAUGUCUGGUGAUGUUGCAGCCGCUCUACAGUGUAUGGAAAUUAUCUCACGAUUCUACCAAAAAAUUAACCAUUGUGUGGAUAAGACGAAAAUGUUCUAUCUUGGAUCGAGGCCUUUUGAUCUCGGCUGUGGACUUGAGAUUAUACCUGGUCUUUCUUCUUCCAUUAGACUGAGCAGGGGCGGUGUUUAUCUUAAUAUUGACGCUACUUUUGGUGUGUUUUAUAGAGCCAUACCUUUGAUUGAUCUGUUUGUAGAUCUUGCCAGGAGCCGAGACAAAAGGGAACGUAGGCAUGUUUUAGACCCACUAAGAGAUGAUAUGGGCGCCAGCUUUUACUACGACUUUGAAAGACUGAUUAAAAACUUACAGGUUGUAACCACUCAUCGUGAGAGGAAUUUUUCUUUCAAGGUAUCAGGACUUCUAGUUCAGCCUGCUUCUUCAGUUGAAUUUGAAGCUGAUGGUAAGACAUGGACAGUUGCAGAAUACUUCGCCAAGACGUACAAGCCUUUGAGGUACCCCCACCUGCCCCUUGCUGUGAUCAAGAAGAGAACCUUGCUUAUCUACCUUCCACUUGAAAUACUGAAGAUUUGCCCAUCCCAGAAGUAUACUCAAAAGCUUGAUGAGGGUAUGACUGCCCAAAUGAUCAAAAUAGCCGCUGAGAGGCCUGGGAAGAGAUUUGAGAUGAUAAGGGAGAAGGCUGCGGAGCUUGCUGUUCUGAAGAACAGCAUUUUAACACAGUUUGGUAUGGCUUUUGACAACAAGAUGUUAAACUGUAAGGGAAUAAUUUUACCACCUCCCCAAAUUACAUUUUCUGAUAGCAAAAAAGUUAACGUGAAUAACGGAGGUUGGAAUUUGAUUGGUGCACGUGCAAUUGAUGGUUGCCGUAUUGAUGAAUGGAAGAUUUUUUCCUUUACUUCUACUAGCAUUAUCAGAGAUAGCACCAUUGACUCCUUUAUUAGUCUUGCCUCGAGAUAUGGCGUUAAUAUCAGUCCAAGGCCGCAAUCAGUUGUUGUUAGGGACAUCAACGAGUUCUUUGAUGCGUCAAAGGCUAAAUUCAAUCUUGUAGUUCUACCCGACAAGAAUUCCCAGAGAUACGAGGAGGUUAAACGUAUUGCAGAGACAUAUCAGGGUGUUUAUACUCAAUGCAUGGUUGCAUCUAAUAUUCCCAAGCUUAAUAACCCGUCCUUCGUCUCUAACCUUCUUCUGAAGAUUAAUGCCAAGCUAGGUGGCAAAAAUUGGGCUAUUGACAAAAAGAUUCUUCAGGACAAGCCUACCAUUCUGGUAGGUAUUGAUGUUUGCCACCCUGGUGCUGCAGAUCUUGAAAGUCCAUCCAUUGCUUCUGUCGUUGCCACUAUGGAUUAUAACUUUAUUGGCUACAAGACUAUUAUUGAACAACAAGAAAGAAGACAAGAAAUUGUUAGAACACUUAAGGACAACAUUAAGGUCAUGCUUAAGAGCCACUAUGCUAGUACCUCAACCAAGCCAGCUAGAAUACUUGUUUUCAGGGAUGGUGUUGGAGACUCUAUGUUUAAUGCUGUCUAUAGCUGUGAGAUUGAGGCUAUUGAGGACGCCUGCAAGGACUUGGAUGCUAGCUACAAGCCUGAAAUUAACUUCAUCAUUGCUCAAAAAAGACAUUCCAUUCGAUUCCAGACAGGCAACGGAAACAAUCUUGUUCCAGGCACUAUUGUCGACGAGAUUGGGUCGCCGGGAAUAUUUGACUUCUAUCUUGUUUCCCACCAUGCACUGCAGGGCACAGCUCGCCCAGUCAGGUAUGUUCUCAUUAGGAACGACUCUAAAUUUACAGGAUCUGAGAUGUACGCGCUUAUUUACAACCUUUGCCAUUUGUACGCUAGGGCUACCAAGUCAGUCAGUGUGGUUCCUCCAAUUUACUAUGCUGAUCUUGCAGCAGCCAGGGGCAAGUGCUAUCUUGAAAAGAACAAGGACGGCAUCUUAGUUAUGAGAAAUUGCGACAAGCAGAUUCAGAAGUCAUUGUAUUAUCUCUAG